ACUUUCUCACCAAUCUUCCCAUUCUUAUACUCCUUUCUCCGAAUCUCUUUUAUUUCUUCUACUCCAAUUCUCUCUUAAACCCUAAUUCUGUUAGGGUUCUCAGUGUUCGUUCCUUUUGCUUAGCUUCUCACUAAUUAACAUACAAUCUUUCAAAAUUCACAAUGGAUCCAUGUUCUUUCGUACGAAUCAUCGUCGGGAAUUUGGCGGUUAGGUUUCCGAGAUCACCGUCGUCGUCGUCAUCGUCUUCUUCCUCAUCGGGUCCUUCUGUUUCGGACGUGUCAUCUGGUAAUUGCUACUGUAAGAUCAAAUUCAAGAGUUUCCCACGCAAGAUUGUUACUGUUCCCGUUCUGUUGCGAACGGAAUCGGAAUCGGAGUCAGAGUCUCGUUGUUGCUUCUCCGGUAACGUCUCAAACGUCUCUGCUUGCUUCAGUCUAAGCAAGUCUCAGAUCGAAGCGUCUCUUAAAAAGCCUAAAUGGAGUGUUCUCUCCGUCGAGGUUUACUCCCGCGGCGUUGCUUCGUGUCGAUUCGUCGCUGCAGCUUCUGGUGAUAAGCUGAUUGGUCGGUUCGAUGUUUCGAUUGAUUUAAAGGCGGCGGAGACAAAGACGUGUUUGGCACACAACGGCUGGGUUGAUUUGGGCACCAAGUCGAAGAAGAAGAAGUCCGGGUCGAAUCCGGAGCUCCACGUUAGCGUACGGGUUGAACCCGACCCGAGAUUUGUGUUUCAGUUUGACGGCGAGCCUGAGUGUAGCCCUCAGGUUUUUCAAGUCCAAGGAAACACGAAACAAGCUGUUUUCACUUGCAAGUUCGGAUUCAGAAACUCCGCUGACCGGAGUCUUACUACCAGUUUAUCGUCAUUGUCAUUGAGCAGUGGAAAAGAACAGUUUAUGAAAGAGAGAAAAGGUUGGUCGAUAACAAUCCAUGAUCUGUCUGGCUCACCAGUAGCAAUGGCUUCAAUGGUGACACCUUUCGUACCAUCUCCUGGUUCGAACCGCGUGUCUCGUUCUAGCCCUGGAGCUUGGUUAAUCCUCCGACCUGAUGGAUACACUUGGAAGCCAUGGGGUCGCCUUCAAGCAUGGCGUGAACCAGAAACCUCCGACGUUUUGGGUUACCGUUUCGAGCUUUUUCAAGACGGAGUCGCUAUUCCAGUCUCUGCUUCGUCGUCCAUCAACACGAAACUUGGCGGGAGCUUCAUCAUCGACGGGUCCACAACUUGUACGACUGCCUCUUUGACUGGCUCGGGAGAAAGUUACGAUCUUACGUCCAGGUCAAGCAUGGAAUCAUCAAGAACCGGUUCAGGAUCAUCCGCGGGGUCGGAUUUCGGGUUCUCACUGCCUCAAGCGCAACAGAAGUUGGGGUUUGUGAUGUCGACGACGGUGGAAGGAGUGGAGAAACAGAGCAGGCCUAAAGUGGAGGUAGGUGUGAAGCACGUGACUUGUACGGAGGAUGCCGCGGCUCACGUGGCACUAGGAGCUGCGGUGGAUCUAAGCAUGGAUGCUUGUAGGCUCUUCUCUCAUAAGCUAAGGAAAGUGCUGAGACAGCUAAGUCGUGUCGCUGUCGUUUGACGUUUAUUGCAUUGUUGAGAUAGAUAGAAAUUGUCUUCCACUCACUAGUUGUUUUUUGUUUAUAGUGGGGGGGAUAAAUGACUAGUAAGUGGAAGUAGUAUUUUUGAAUUUCUUUUGUUAAAUUUUGGAAUUAACAGCGAAUCAUUCACUGUAUAUGAAUGAAUAUUCAAAACCAAAGAAAAAAAUCGUCA